GAAGUGCCGCCCUCCGCCCCGCCUCCCCCUUGCGCUGCGCUCUCGCCUUUCGCUGGCUCCGGGUUUGGAGGAGGAGGAGGGGGAAGGAAGGAGGAAGAAGAAGAAGAAGAAGAAGGGAAGGCGCAAAGGCAUCGCGGGGCAAGCAGCAGCAGCAGGAGGAGGAGGGAACGGCGAGGAGGAGGAGGAGGGCGGCUGCCUGCUUGCCUGAGCCCGCCAUCCAUAAUGUCGGACACGGAGGCAAAGCCUUCAACAGAGGACUUAGGCGAUAAGAAAGAGGGAGAAUAUAUUAAACUCAAAGUAAUCGGGCAGGACAGCAGUGAGAUCCACUUCAAAGUGAAAAUGACAACGCAUCUAAAAAAACUUAAAGAAUCAUACUGUCAGAGACAGGGAGUCCCAAUGAAUUCACUCAGGUUCCUCUUUGAGGGUCAGAGAAUUACUGAUAAUCAUACUCCAAAAGAGCUUGGAAUGGAAGAGGAAGAUGUGAUUGAGGUUUAUCAGGAACAGACCGGAGGCCAUUCAAGAAUUUAGAGUGUUUGCUUCUCUUCCCCCUCCCCCCUUCCCUUUUAUCCUUUUUUAUUUUUAAAUAAUAGUUUUUGUAAUGUGGUAUAUAACACUGAAUUGAAAUCAGCAUCCCACUCCCAUAUCUGGUGUAUUAUUUCCAAACGUCUGUUCUGAAUUCUUGUGCUCAUACAUUUAUCAUUUGUUUUCAUUGUGCCGAAUUCUUGUGAUCCCGCUGUGGUUGUAUUUCCCUAUUUUUUUCCCUGUUUCCUUUUUAGAAAUACACUCUUCCACACACAAAUUUGUGUGAUGACAAGGCUCCUGUGUUCAAGUUCGUGAACAGAUUUGCCAGAUGGGCAAAGGUUCCUAAUAACUUCCAUAUUGGUCCCCAAGUUUUGAUGUAUGGCUUCCUCUUGUGGAUUUUAAGAUACGGAGAUGAAGCUUUUCUGAAAUCUAAACAGAAAUACUACGUCCUCAAAUUAUGUACUGUUUUCUGUAGCUUUUGCUGAUGGCCUAAGUACUGAUGUGGGAAAAUGUAUUUUUUUCUGGUAAUAUAUUUGAAAUGGCUUUAACUGAAGAUAUGGAGAAUUCUCUUCCUAUUUACUGUCAGAAUAGCCCAGGAAAGCCCUAAUUUUUAGUAUCUAAUAAUAACUUCAUGCAUCAAGAGGUAAUUAUGAUUUUUACGUUGUUGUAUCUUUUUGACUUGGAAUGUGGUUUGGAAUGAGCAUAGACUGUACCAACUUUCCUUUAAAUAAAUGAAAGGAAACCAAUUUGUAAACCUCUGCAUUUUCUUUUGAGAUGCCCGGACCUGUGAGACUAUUUGGCAAAAGCAGUGAAGGAUAUUUAAAGAACUUGUGGUUUCAUACAUUGACCACUGCUUUGGUAUCUUGUGCUAUAAAGAUGUUUUUGUUCAAAUUUGAUUCAUUUUAUGAGCCAGCAUCCUUUUUGCUGCUUGUGCUCAAAUAUUAAAUAGCACAGUAUUUUCUCAAUUGUGUUUUGUAUUUGCAGCGUGAGGCUCUGGGAUUCUAUAAAAACAAUGUAAAAGAAAGUUAUAAUGUAAAAGAAAAUUAAGUUAUAAGACUUGAGGAGGAAAAAAAGACAAAGCCUUUGUUAACCUGCCUCAUAACAUUUUCUCUAGAUGUGAUAGCUGAUAGGACCCACCAAAGUCUUCUUUUCAGAAAUUAGUCCAAGAAAGUGUCAUUAAUAUUGAUGGGAUUCAAAUUAAUCAUGAUGUAUGUGAUCUACCUUUUUAAAUAUAGCUUAAGCAUAACCUCUUCUUAAUUGAGAUCCAAGUGCUUAGUGCUGCCUUGGAAACCCUAAAUCAGUGAUUCUCAACCUACAACUCCCAGAAAUCCCAGUCAGUUUACCAGCUGUUAGGAUUUCUGGGAGUUGAAGGCCAAAACAUCUGGGGACCCACAAGUUGAGAACCACUGCCCUAAACAAUCCUGGACCCAGGUCUGUCAGAUUUCCUCUUCUGUGGAAAUGAAAAUAAAUCUUGUGUGUCAGGGUGCUUAUUGAAGGUGCAGAGGCAGUUGAACAAGCACUGAUCUAAGGUCAAUGUACUCAUCCUUUGAAGUUUAAAGUAUUGCCACUUGACUUCAGGAGGAUCCGGAUUUUGAACUUUAAACCAGAUCCCAUUUCUAUGUAUGUUAAGUCUAUCCCCUUUCCAGAGAGGUCAUGUCUAUGUAAGUGUUCUUAGGGUGUAGCUAGCUCUCUGCAAAUUUACCAAGAUGAUGCUACGGUCAAGUACAAUAGCAAAGGGUCAGAACAACUUUCUGAAACACAAGAUUUCACUGGUUUUGUGGAGUUUAUUCUGUGAUGUAGUAUUUUGAAAUGAGAACUCUUCCCUUUUGAAAGAAAAGUUUCCUGAUCAGUGUCUAGUUCAGCAUUGUUCACCUUCACACCUAUUUUAGUAAUUUGCAGAACUUUGUCAUAGAAAGCCUGUCUUGCUAGAAGGGAUUUUUAGCUCAGGUUUGUAGUAUGAUAAUGGCAGGAUUAGAAACACGAUGCUCUACCUCUGCCUUUUUUUUCCUUGCAAGGGGAGUGGGAAAAGAACAGAAAUUGAGAACGCAAUGUUACUAAGCAUGUUUUAAAAACCGGUUAAUUGUAAGUUAAACCUUUUAUUUUCAGUUGGCACUUACUGUAAAGUGUUAAAUGGAUCUUUUCCAACGCGUGUAGUUUCCAUAUCCCACUUCUGAUGCCUUUUUGUACACAUGUUAAACUUUUUUUAAAAAUUAAAAUCUGUUUUCAAAAAUCAA